GGACAGUUCAUUAGUUCCUUGUAGAUGUAAGUAAAUGUGACGUGUCAGUUAGCUCCGGUUUGUUUAGCAGAAAGAAAAAGGGACCCCUUGGGGGAGGAGGGAGAAGCAACCGUCAUUUUUCAUCGACAGGUAGGUAGGUCGGUCGGUCGGUCGAUCUUACCCGACUUUCAACGCCGAACAACGAAAGUCCACUUCAACGUCGACGUUGAACGGUUGUUCUUCAAUUUCAUUUCCCGUUUGUUCUCAUAUACCUCCAAUUCGAUUACCCUUUUCCCCUUCUUUAUUCCGGGAGAACACUCAUCUCCAUUCUUUCUUCUUGCAGGAACUGCUCCCUCUAUUCCAAUCUCUCCCUCUUCCCUCCUUUCAAAUUUAAACCUCCUUUUCCAUUUCAUUCCUAUUGCUAGAACCAUACCCAUUUCUGUUUAAUGGGUAUGGUUUACUUCGUCUAAACUCAAUUGGUAGCUCAGACUUGCUUCAGCUGAAGAUAUCAUACCGAUUGUUAAUCUAGUUUAUGAACACUCUUUUUUUUUUUUUUUUUUUUUAAUUCUGGAAUGAGAUUCGUUUGCUGAAAUUGGAGACUGCCCAGUUGAUAAUCUAAUCAAAGAGAGGUGCUGAGAUAGUGUGGUUUAAUUUGAUGGAGAAUUUAGAAGGUGCUGGGAAUAGUAGGAGACUUGAAGGGGAGACUGCAUCAUCAACUAGUGAAUCUAUUGGUUCUCUUGGAGAGGAUGAAACUUCCCCAGAUCUUCUGAAGAACACCCCAUCAAACAUACGGAGAUUGGCCCAUGAGAUCCAUCAAUGUGAAGCUCGCCAGAAGUAUCUUGCACAGACAAGAAGUCCUUCUGAUGGGGUUGAUAUUCGUUGGUACUUUUGCAAGACUCAUUUGGCUGAUAAUGAGCUUGCUGCAUCAGUCCCUCGGACAGAAAUAGUGGGAAAAGGUGACUAUUUCCGAUUUGGCAUGCGGGACUCUCUAGCAAUAGAAGCAGCGUUUUUGCAGAGAGAGGAAGAGUUGCUUUCCAGUUGGUGGAAAGAAUAUGCAGAAUGUAGUGAGGGUCCAAAGGGACAUAUCAGUUCUAAAUCCAAAUCCAAAUCCAAAGAAAUUGCUUUUGAGAGUGAACAAUCAAGUGAACUGUAUACAAUUGAAGAAGAAAGAGUGGGUGUUCCUGUAAAAGGAGGUCUAUAUGAGGUGGAUUUAGUCCGAAGACAAUGCUUUCCCGUUUAUUGGAAUGGAGACAAUCGGCGUGUUUUAAGGGGCCACUGGUUUGCCCGUAAAGGAGGACUUGACUGGCUUCCACUCCGUGAAGAUGUAUCUGAGCAGUUGGAGUUCGCAUAUCAUAGUAAGAUUUGGCAUCGGAGAACUUUCCAGCCAUCUGGACUUUUUGCAGCUCGUGUGGAGCUUCAAGGAUCAGCUUCGGGUCUGCAUGCUCUUUUUACUGGAGAAGAUGAUACAUGGGAAGCAUGGAUAAAUGCUGAUGCUGCUGGAUUUACUGGUGUCAUGAGUUUUGGGGCAAAUGGCAUUAUGUUAAGGCGGGGAUAUGCUCCAUCCCUGUCACCAAAACCAACCCAGGAUGAACUAAGGCAGCAAAAUGAGGAGGAAAUGGAUGAUUACUGUUCCCAGGUUCCAGUUCGGCAUGUAGUGUUUAUGGUCCAUGGUAUUGGUCAAAGGUUGGAGAAAUCAAAUUUGGUAGAUGAUGUGGGCCAUUUUCGUCAUAUUACAGCAAGUCUUGCUGAAACACACUUAACUUCAUAUCAGCGGGGAAAGCAAAGAGUUCUCUAUAUACCAUGUCAGUGGAGGAAAGGUCUUAAACUUGGUGGUGAAUCAGCUGUUGAAAAAAUCACUUUAGAUGGUGUACGUGGCUUGCGUAUGACGUUAAGUGCUACAGUUCAUGACGUGUUGUACUACAUGAGCCCAAUUUACUGUCAAGACAUUAUAGAUUCGGUAUCUAACCAACUAAACCGACUGUAUUCAAAGUUCCUUAGGAGAAAUCCUGGUUACGAUGGAAAAAUUUCAUUAUAUGGACAUUCUCUUGGUAGUGUUCUUUCCUAUGAUAUUUUGUGCCAUCAAGAACACUUGUCCUCCCCGUUUCCAAUGGAAUGGAUGUAUAAGCCACAUGAUGUAAAUGAGCAUGCGGCUCCUGCUAUGGUUUCUGGAUCUUCAGAAAGUGAGUCGUCGUCCAAUCAGCAGCACAAUAAAUGUGUUGAGAACAAUGAAUGCAAAUUUGUUACUUCUCCCAUUGACACAGACAAACCAACUCUUAAAGACUUGGAGAAGCAGCCUCACUCCACAGAUUUGGAGAAUAACCAACCACAAGUUGAAUCAUUAUUGGAUAAACCUGCUUGUGUAGACAUGCAAGCUACUGGCAUGGAUGACAUCAGCGAAGAUCAGAGCAUAGAAAUUGAGAAUGUUGAUGGAGACUCGAAAAACAUGUCUGAUGGGGUGUUUGAUGAUGAAAAAAAAGUUGGACUAUCCAAGCAACUGGAACUAGAGGUCGACUCUCUAAAAGAAAGGAUCGCACAGUUGGAAUCUCAGUUGGCUUGUAAAGUGAAUGAGGCAGAACCAUCAGCUAGGACUGACUUAUCUCUUACAGAAAGGAAUGUACAUGACCAAGUAGAUGAGCAGAAGAGUUAUACUCCAUACAUUAGAUACACAAAGUUAGAGUUCAAGGUGGAUACAUUUUUCGCUGUUGGUUCUCCUCUUGGUGUAUUUCUUGCUCUUCGUAAUGUUCGUAUUGGUAUAGGCAAAGGGAAAGACUACUGGCAUGAGGAGAACAUUACUGAAGAGAUGCCGUGUUGUCGUCAAAUGGUCAACAUUUUCCAUCCCUUUGAUCCUGUGGCCUAUAGGUUAGAACCACUUACCUGUGAAGAAUACAUCAAUAAACGUCCUGUUAUCAUUCCGUAUCACAAGGGUGGAAAGAGAUUGCAUAUUGGAUUUCAAGAAUUCACUGAAGAUUUAGCAGCACGUUCUCAGGCAAUAAAGAAUCAUCUGAUAUCAGUGAGGGUUAAGGUGCUCACUUUGUGCCAAUCAAGAGACAAAGAUAAUAUGGAUGAACAAUCAGAUAAUUCCCAAGACGAACAGAGAUCAUAUGGUGUUGCUAUGAUGCAAAGAUUAUCUGGGAGUGAAGACGGGCGAGUUGAUCAUGUUCUUCAAGAUAAAACAUUUAGACAUCAAUAUCUAUCAGCACUUAGCUCUCAUACAAACUACUGGAGAGAUUGCGAUACUGCCCUUUUCAUGUUGAAACACUUAUAUCGUGAUAUACCAGAAGAGCAGCCAGAUUUUGUUGAAGAUUCAAAAGAAAAUAGCUCGAAGAACAAUGUUCCUUCUGGAGGCUGGGUUGAUCAAAGAGAAUCAAUUGAAGAAGAACUCCCUCUAACCUUUGGUGACACUGCCUUAGUAAAAAACUUCUCCAGUAGGGCAAAGAAGUUCAUGAAAUUGCACUGAAAUUGUGGCCAGUUAUCCUAAAAAUGCAUGACUUCAUCUGUUGGGUAUUAUCAGCUGAUUCUUGAUUCCUUAUAGUUGGACAGAUGCUGGAGAAGAGCUGGCUUGAGAAUCUAUCAAAUAGAUGGGAAGUUCAUUGGCAUUGAUGAAUAUCAGCUUUGCUUGAUAACAGUUGAUACCUUUGAUUAAUUUUCAUGCAUCUCGUUGUGUAUAGAAAAGAUUAAUUUGCCAAAAUCAUAUAGUUCCUCUGUUAACUUGUGCAUAAAAGCUGUAUUUUGGCCUUUUCCUCGCAACAGUUCUUGUGAAUAUUUAAAUGAGUAGAACCAAGAAGAAGAAUAUAUUUUAUUACAGUUUGAUCUUCACUUUCACA